CUUCGAAGGGUGAACAUCGCAAGCUGCCUGCUCCUCCCUCCUCUCACGUGUGGGUCGUCCAUUACUUUAAACAUGGCCAGUGUGAUUCGCCGAGCUCUGGUCCUUGCCCUCUUCGGAGUGGCUUCCGCUGCUUACCUCGGAGACCUCCAGGCUCAGCCAUCCAACCAGUUCUCCUCCUUCAACGGCAACGGGGGCUACGGGGGUAACAACGGAGGCAGUAACAACGGUGGAUACGGCGGCGGCAACGGAGGAAGUACCAACGGGGGAUUCGGUGGCGGGAAUGGCGGUUUCGGCGGCGGGAACGGCGGUUUCGGUGGCGGGAACGGCGGCGGCCGAGGAGCUGGAUACGGCGGGGGAAACAACGGAGGCUUUGGCAACGGAGGAAACGGGUUCGGCAACGGAGGACAGAACAACGGAGGCUACGGAAGCGGGGAUCCCAUCGCUGACCUGGCCGACGCUAUCCCAGGGGGAGGCGUCCCAGGGCAGGACUACCCCAUCCUGGCCUCCGUCCCCGCCACCGGCUUCUCCUGCGACGGACAACUGCCUGGAUAUUACGCUGACACCGCUCCCGAGGCCGGCUGCCAGGUGUUCCACAUCUGCCAGGAGGGAGGCAGGAUGGACUCCUUCCUUUGUCCCAACGGCACAGUCUUCAACCAGCAAUACUUCGUGUGCGAUUGGUGGUACAACUUUGACUGUUCCACGGCUGAACAGUUCUACGCUUUGAACGCCGAGAUCGGCAAGGUCGACAACGGUAACGGAAAUGGCUAUGGCAAUGGCAACACUGGCUUCGGAGGAGGCAGUGGCAACACUGGCUUCGGAGGAGGCAACACUGGCUUCGGAGGAGGCAGUGGCAACACCGGCUUCGGAGGCGGCAAUGGCUAUGGCAACGGCAGGGGCAACACCGGCUUCGGAGGCAACGGCAACACCGGCUUCGGAGGCAACGGCAACACCGGCUUCGGAGGCGGCAGCGGCUAUAGCAACGGCAAUGGCAACAACGGAGGCAACUUGGGCGCCGCUUCCAACCUUCAAGGAUCGUAUUCAGCCCCCGGUGGCAACAAUGGCAACGGAGGAUCUCCUUCUUCUUCUUACAACACCCCGAGGCAGAACGGCAAUGGCAGCGGCAACCGAAACGGCGGCUUCGGCAGCAGAAACAACGGGGGAUUCGGUGGCAACGGGAACGGCAACGUCCAGGCUCCCUCUGGACUGUACCAAACCCCAGGAAAGUAAGAGAGACAUUUGUACCUGAACGGAAACCUCGACCUAGGUUUCCCGAAUGAAUCCCGGUGGUUGAUGCGCGAAACACGUUCUUCUAUCUCGUCACGUCAGAAAGUAUUUUUAUAUUAAUCGCUUUAAUUAAUGGUUUAAGUGGAAUCGGCGCGAAGGCCUUGCGUUCACCACGUGCUCCACAGGAUGUAGAAGGAUUUAUACUGAACGAAUUUACGUUCUCACGCACACGCACGCAUGCAUACGCGCACAGGUACAUACGUACACACACACACACACGCACACACUCAUACGUACACAAACACGUACACGCGUUCGCAGAGACAUAAUAUCUAUAUGGAUAUACAUAUAUGAAACAUACAUAAGUAAACACACACACACACACACAUACAUAUA